CAGCAGAUCCCACACGUCAGAAGAGCAGGGCUUGUGAGCAUUUCUGGAAUCCAGGCUCUUCUCACAGAGGGAGGGACAGAGCAAGAAGCAAACACCAUGGAGUACCUCUCAACCCCUACCUGCAGAGGGCGUGUGCCCUGGCAGGGGCUCCUGCUGGCCGGCUCACUCUUAAUUUUCUGGAGCCCGCCCAUCACUCAACAACUCACUGUUGUGUCGAUCGAUGCUACUGAAGGGGAGGAUGUGCUUCUCCGUGUCCACAAUCUGCCUGGGGAUCUUGUAGGCUACAACUGGUUCAAAGGGGAAAAUGUAGAAAAUGAAAACCGUUCCAUUGCAUCAUAUGUAAUAGGCAAUGAAUUGACUGUCCCUGGACCUGCAGGCAGCGGUCGAGAGACAAUAUACCCCAAUGGAUCCCUGCUGUUCCGGAAGGUCACCCAGGAGGACACGGGAUACUACACACUACAAGCCAUAAAAAGAAAUUUGCGGAGUGAAAGAGGAACUGGUCGGCUCCGAGUAUACCCAGAGUUACUCACACCCAACAUCACAACCAACAACUCCAACCCCGAGGAGAACAAGGACCCUGUCGUGUUAACGUGUGAACCUUGGACUCAGAACACCACCUACCUGUGGUUGAUCAACAGUCAGAGUCUCCCAGACAGCACCAGGCUGCAGCUGUCCAGCGACAACAGGACUCUCACUUUACUCCAUGUCACAAGGAAUGACACGGGACCCUAUGUGUGUGAAUCCCGGAACCCAGUGAGUGCCGGCCGCAGUGACCCAUUCACCCUGAAUGUUCUCUAUGGCCCGGAUGCACCCGUCAUUUCCCCCCCAGACUCCCACUACCCUACAGGGGCAAAUCUCAACCUCUCCUGCCAUGCAGCCUCUAACCCGCCUACACAGUAUUCCUGGUUUAUCAGUAGCAGCCCCCCGCAACCCACACAGAAGCUCUUUAUCCCCAACAUCACUGCGAAUGAUAGUGGAUCCUAUACCUGCCUCGCCCAUAACCCUCACACUGGCCUCAGUAGGACCGCGGUCAAGAUGAUCACAGUCUCUGAUGUUUCAGCAUCACAGCAUCCUGGCCUCUCAGAUGGGGCUAUUGCCGGCAUCGCGAUUGGAGGCCUCCUUGUAGUGGUCCUGGGGACCUCUCUGGGGUAUUUCCUGUACCAGAGGAGGACUAGAAAGGCCAGUGACCCUCAUGGCCUCAGAGAGCACCCACCCCCAGCAUCUACCCCUGGCCAGGGUCCCUCUGGAACCUCUGCAAUCCAGGGCCCCCCACCCGGCUCCAGGACAGCCGGCCCCAUCUACCAGGAAUUACUGCACCCAAACACAGAUGUGUACUGCCGGAUCAACCCCACAGCAGACGGGACUUCCUAGUUCCUCCAGCACCUGCUCCUUCAAGGCUGUGGGGAGGGGCAACCUGAGACCCUAGUCCUUGAGGGGUGUCAGGAACUGAAGCCUGAGCCAGAGAACCAGCUCUGAGACCUGAGUAUAUUCGGGACCUGGGCCCAAGGUUGGGGUCCCUCUUGAUUACUGGAGACCCUGGCAGGCCGCACUGAGCCCUGAUGGACCAGGAUAACGGCUCUCAUCUUCUAAAAUGUGGCCAGGCCUGUGAGCACACAGGACCACCCGAGUGAUCUGAAUAAAGGGGAUCGUCCCCUCAUUUGCUCUUUUUCUAUGAACGGGAACUCCUUUGAGCAGAAAUUCACCUGAAACUCUAGGUCCUUUCUCUCCAGGGUCACACAGGGAAAACAUCAUCUCUAAGCUACCCCAGCCCCAUCGCUGUUUCCUGGGAGAGAGGAGAGGUGUGGACACGGAGAUGGGGGACAGGCAGAGAUGAGAGGGGCUGCGGCCUGGCCAGGAGAGUGUUCGGCUGUCCUCACAUGGCCCAGGGGACCAGGCCAUGGACACCUCCCAGGUUUGCCCCUCUGCACAUGGUCACUGGGUCUCAAGAGCACAGAAUAGGGGCCAUCUCGUGUCCUCACAGAGAUGAGCAAGGAUUCUUCUCUGGGGUCAUUACCUGCACCCAUGGGCAGAGCACAUAUCCUGGGUGGGGCCCCUCUGAGUCUCCCAGUGUCCUGUGCCUGGUCUUCUGCCUCACCCAGGCCCUGGUGUCCACAACUGGUGGUCCCCAUGAAUAAACUUGCCUAUCCAGGAGGCAUGGUGCUGGGUCCUGUCCAUGAGUUUCUGCUUUGACUCAAAGGCUAGCCGACAGGACAUUUUUUUAUCUGGAGGACGC